CACUGAGAGUGGGUGUGUGCUAUCGUUUCCUUGUGUCGUGGUGUGUGGGAUGUAUAUGUAACUCCGUCUCCACUAGACUAAAACAUGUGGAGUCGGGGCUCGAACUCUGGGCCUCUCGUAUGCGGGCGUUAUACCGCAUGUUGGUGUUAAUGAGUGCCAUGGACUUGUAUAUAGAGGGGACACAAGUACAGGAGGCUAUGGUGAAGGAGCUGGAGUGGUUGAGCCCCAGGUCUCUGGAUUCGUCUGAUUCGCUUAGGCGACCUGAUUCACGUAAAUCAAACUCUUCUGUAGUAGCUGACACAACUAGGCUACGAGGUUUCAAUAGUUUCCAAUGUUCGCUUGAAUCUCCUUGCUCACAAAGGUCACCAAGCUCAUCUCAGUCAAUAGACUCAUCUUCAUCUCCUGACUCGCUUAUAUUACCAAGAUUAUUAAAGCCAUCAAAUCAGCGGCAACAUCGUCCUCAGCACCACCCACUCGACAUGCUCACCAUAAUCACUCACACCCUACAACCCUAUUCAGAGGAACUACAUCUCAAAACCAUAAUGCAGUCUCGUAUAUCAGAGGCAAAAUACACCACACGGAGGAGACGGUCGACUAGGUCUUCAGAAAGGAGGGUUCAGUACAGAGAGCUGUAUAUCCGUAAGUUUCGUCUCCAGGGAGACUACGCACUCUACCUGUCUCCCGCUCCGGCAGGUGGAGUUCUUGACGUGGCAGCCCAGCGUUCCAACUCGCCUAACGAAGAGUGUUUUCGGGUGCACACUUUUGACGUGCUGACGCCUUUCCCUGAAGGUGGUCAAGUGGCUGUGCUGGAGACUUAUAAUGGUGGCCGCUUCCUCCAUGGCACCUCCUCUGGCAAUCUCUCCCUCACGAGCGAGGGAAACGACGUUACCAGCCUGAGUCAAAUAGACGGCAGAUUCUUUCUUCUACACAGCCCUCUGGGUGCCUCCCAUUACAGAAUUAAACACAUCACUACAGGUCUCUACCUGUCAGCAGGACAGGAGAGGGUCUCCCUGGUGACAUUUGAUUCUCGGGGCUUCGCAGGUAAUGCGCGCUUCGAAGUAUUCUCCUGUAGUCGCUCCUGAUAAAUGAAUGGAGAUUUCCUCGCCAACAUACUCUAGAAUACUGGAUGAUGCUCUCAGCAUGGGUGAAACCGUGGUAGUGGUCGAGAAGAAUGCACCCACUAGACUUGGGAAGACAAAUUGUCUGUCCCCAAGUCAAUGAAAUGGUUUUACCCAAUACUGACUGAAUGAAAAAGCGGACAGAUUUGCAAGUGUAGAUGUGUCCAUUUACCUAAAUUGAUUAUCGGUAUAUUUAUGCCAAGCAUACUCUCAAACGAGAAGUGUUAUGGUUUGUGUGAGAUAGCCAUUGAUAUGGUUAAGGUGGGUUUGGAUAAGUUAGGCAGAGGAAUGUUUAACAAAGGUGCAAAAUUAAUUAUUACUGUAAAUAAGAAGAAUAUUAAUGAAAGAAAACUUACUUAACAAUUGCAACCCCCCUCCAGGUAAACCAACCCUCACCUAACCCAAUCCCAUCAUUUUGUGAUUAUGACGGUACUUAAUAAAUGGUAAUUUAUAUAUA